UGUAAUGUAGCAGACAGGGAAGAAGUUUUCAAGGUAGCGGAAAAAGUAAAAAAAGAAGUGGGUGACGUUACUGUCUUGGUCAAUAACGCCGGUAUAGCAACGGCUAAAUCACUUUUAAAUCAAAGUCUCGAUGAAAUUACACGAGUCAUAAACGUCAACGUGAUAGCGCAUUACUGGACAUUGCGAGCAUUUUUGCCAAGUAUGAUAGAAAAAAAUCACGGUCACGUCGUGGCAAUUUCAUCAAUAGUGGCAAGUUAUGGAUUUGGUCCUUAUGGAACGACGUAUUGCCCUUCAAAAAGCGCAGUCAGAACAAUGAUGGAAGCUGUAUCUGAAGAAUUACGUGCAUUAAGUAAUGGAAAAUCAUCUGUUAAAUUCACUACUAUUUAUCCGGCCCUAGUGCUCACCGGAAUAGUAAAGAAGCCAAAGUUUAGAUUUCCAUGGUUAAUGGGAGGACUUUUACCGCAAAAAGUGGCUUCAACAAUAAUUGAUGUGCAAAGACAGAAUUAUGAAAAUAAAAGCAUACCUUUAUUUUGGCUGCCUCUUAUUAACGUAUUAAGAAUUUUACCCGAUAAAGCGAUCAAAUGCAUAAUAGACUUCCUCGAUUUCCGUGUUGAUCCAGAUGAUUAAAAAAUAACAAGACAUGUAAUUUGAAAUAUAAUUUUAUAACACAAUUUAUUAUUAUAUCAAAAAUAUAAU